AUCAAGAGUCUCAAAUCCUCCUCCUUGGUAGCAAGGUUUGCUGCUUUGUACUGAUGUAGCAGUUUCCGCCACUUUAAUUCCAGAACAUUUCAUGGCCGCAGAUCCAGAUUUCAAAAAACAUUUCACACUGUCGUUACAACGACCACAUUGUUCCAAAAUUCUAAUCAGCUGCUCACAAACAGACGAUGCAGCGCAUGAGAUCUGUGACGAAGAUGAUACUACAACACCUUCCCUUUAUACACUGGAAGAUUCACCUGGAGCAAGACAAAUAUACUUCAAGCAAUGUGUGCCCCUAUACAACGCUGCACUAAUAGGUGAUUGGAAAACUGCGAAGCGAAUUAUAGAGAAAGAUAAGUCUAUUUUGGGCGCCAGUAUCACGAAAGGAUGGCAAACUGUUCUUCAUGUUGCGGCAGGAGCAAGACAGGUUUGUUUUGUAAAAAAGUUGCUGAAAUUGUUGAAAGAAGAGGACCUAGUCUUGCAAGACCAAAAUGGGAAUACACCCUUUUGUUUCGCUGUUGCAGCUGGAGCGGUAAGGGUGGCUAAGAUUAUGAUACAGAAGAAUCCAAGGUUGCCGGAAAUUCGGGGUGGUCAAGGAAUGACACCUCUUUACUUCGCCGCUUUGUUUGGACAUGGCCAUAUGGCGUCAUAUCUGUACCCGCAACUUAUACAAAUGGUUGACGAAGGGGAACGAGCUGGCAUAUUUUUCACUUGCAUCAACAACAGUUUAUAUGGAUUAGCCUUGAAAAUGCUUCACGACUACCCGGAGCUUGCAGUGGCUCGUAACAAGAAUAAUGAGACAGCUUUGCAUUUGUUGUCUCAGAAGCCAUCGGCAUUCUCCAGAAAAAGUUCGGGAAUAUGGAAAAGCUUCGUACACUAUUGUACAAAUAAGGGAAAGUUGAAAAAUACUCAAGGACUCCAAUUACUGAAACGCCUUUGGGAAGAAGUUCUAUGUAAAAAUGAAGGGAUUGUUACCGACGUUAUUAGAAGGCCUUCACAUGUAUUGUUUAUCGCAGCAAAAGUAGGAAACUUCAAGUUCGUGGCUGAGCUUCUUGGCUCUUAUCCUGAUUUGAUUUGGGAAAGAGAUGACAAAAAUCGGAGUUUAUUUCACAUCGCAGUUAUGUACCAUCAAGCACGUAUCUUCCAUCUAGUACAUAAAUUGGGUUUAUACAAGGAUUUCAUACUCUCUCUCACAGACGACCAUAACAAUAACAUUCUGCAUUUAGCGGCAAAGUCUCCACAGCAUGAACUGAAUACUGUGUCAAGACCAGGUUCCCGUCAAAUGCAGAGUGACGUACUAUGGUUUGAGGAGGUGAAGAAGGUUGUUACCCCUUUCUACAUAGAUAUGAAAAAUUCAGAAGGUAAAACUCCUAGAGAUAUAUUUAGGGAAGAACAUGGAGGCUUACUGCAAAGGGAACAAUCGUGGCUGAGAAGUACGGUGCAGCGCAUUCAACCCUCGCGAUUGUUGUCAUUUCGCUUUUAGCAUAUUCGGGAUUUAUUGAUGAUAGCGGAACUCAUAAUGAAAAUAGGGUUGAUCGCAUAUGUCUGAAGUUGCUUUGUUUUUCUUUUUAUUCUUCUUCUUGUGUAAAAGCAUAUGUCUUAGAAUUGUGCUACCUAUAUGUGGAUAGGUGCUUUUGUUUGAUCCUUGUAUUAAACUUUCCUUUCUUAUAUA